UGGUUUUUAGAGUUUCAGGGGUUUUGGCGAUCGUCUGGGUGGUGAGAGAAUUCUGCAAGAGAUAGGGAGGGGAGAAGGAGAAAAUUUAAAAAAAUAUAUAUUCAAAUUGUUGAAUUCUUUUGGGUGAACAAGUGCGUGAAGGAAGAGGAUUCGUGUUGGGAUCGAGAUUUGGCGAUCGAUUCUGUAUAUUUCCGAUUUCUCUGAUCAAUUUCGUUGUGUUGUUUCUCCAGCAAUCUGUUCUUCGUUCUGGAAAUUGUGUGAAUUGGGCAAUCUUCUUCUUGAAUCCGAGGCUUGUAUGGAUUUGGCUUUUAAGGCCGGCAGCUGGAUCAUAGUGUCUUCUUUAAUCGGAUCCUGAAUUCGCUGUUUAACAAAAUUCAAAAGAAAUGGUUUUUCAAAAGAGGCUGGACGCCGGAUUCAUUGGAUGCCAGAUACCCACAAUGCCGCGCUUUCCAAGAUCGGCGAGGGGAAAGCGCUCUCCCCAAAAGAAGGCUGAGAACACCCAAAUGCAUCCAUUUGACAUGCUCGCAACUGUAGCUGGAGAGCUGUUAGCAAAGAGAGAGAGCAGCUGUUCAUUACACAAGACGGCGGAAAUAACUACUAGUGGUAAUACAAUUAAAAAGGAGCAACUUGACCAUGGCAGUCCAUCCAAAAGUGAUGUUUUUGAUCAGGGAAGCUGUGAUGAAAGUAGUUUUGUUGCAAGAUUUGUCUCUCACGCAGAAAAUGGUGCCGCAUCUGACUUUGCAGUUGUAAAGUCUGAUAUGUCCAAGAAGGAUGGUUUUGCUUGGGAGUCUGCGCAAUCUGGUCUGAAGCGUCAACAACAGAUGCUGACAAAAACUGGAACUUUGAAAAAUGAUGCUAUGGAGAUCCAGAAGUUAGAUGAUCCAAUUGAUUUGGAUACCAAAAGUCCAGCUUUACUGAGUUCAGACAGCAGUAUUGAGAUUCCUCCAUUUGGAGAUUAUCAUAGCGCUCACAGUAGCUCCCUUCACUCACUCAGGGACGGAAUGGACCUGAUUUUAGAUAGAGAUGAUGACGAAAAUUCUUCUUGGCGCACUCAUAAUAGCGCUAUAUAUUCGAAGCCAUUUAAGCCGCAUUGUAAGAGUGAACGCAGGGUGAGGAAAAUGAGUACAACGAACAGUUGGAAAGAUGAUGGGGAAGCGAUGAAUGAUGGAGAGCUGUGGCAUGGUGAUGAAGAAAUUAAGCCUGCUUUUCGUGCUCGGAAUCUGUGUUAUACUCGCCGAAGGACACAAAGAAGCUCAUUUAAGAGGAAAAAGUUGAUCGAGCGCAUCUCAUUUUCAGCACCUGAUGAAGUACUAGUUAAAGAUGAUACCAAGUUAAAUUCUGGUAAUCCCGAUGCGGAGUUAAAUGAUGCACAUGGUAGGUCAUGCUCUACCACAGAGCAGAGUUUAUCAUAUGAGUCAGCGGACCAUCCUGUCAAAUUGAGCAUAAAAUCUUUUAGAGUCCCGGAACUCUCUAUUGAGAUCCCUGCAAAUGCUACUGUUGGUUCUCUGAAGAGGACCGUUAUGGAAGCUGUGACUGCUGUACUAAGUGGUGGACUGCGCGUUGGUGUUCUUCUGGAAGGGAAGAAGAUUAGAGAUGACAACAAGACUCUACUCCAAGCUGGAAUUUCUAGCAAAGAUAAGCUGGAUAAUUUGGGUUUUGCACUAGAGCCAAGUCCAACUCGAUCUCCUCCACCACCUUGUGAUUCACAUUCUUGUGAAUCACAACCCUUUAACAAGAUUCCGGAUAAAGUGACUUGUGCGCCAAGUACCCAAACUCCUCCCAAUAUCCCGGAAAACUGUACAGAGAGCGACCAUGAUUCGGUUCACUCACCCACCAACCCUUCAUCAUCUGUAGAUCAAAUGUGUGACAAUUCGAAAGCAUUGGUUCCCAUACUUGCGGGGAAUUCUGAGGCUCUCCCCGUAGUUCCUUUUCGCAACUCCAAGCUGUCUGUAGUCGUUCGUCGGAUCCGACGGCCCUUCUCUGUUUCAGAGGUGGAAGCUCUGGUCCAGGCUGUGGAAAAGCUUGGAACUGGAAGGUGGCGAGAUGUGAAGCUGAGAGCCUUCGACAACGUGAAGCAUCGCACCUACGUGGACUUGAAGGACAAGUGGAAGACAUUGGUGCACACAGCCAGGAUAUCCCCUCAACAGAGAAGAGGGGAGCCUGUGCCGCAGGAUCUGCUCGACCGAGUUCUCUCAGCCCAUGCCUACUGGGGGCAGCAGCAGGCUAAGUCGAGUAGACUGGCCGAGCCAUGUCUCGUCCUCGCAUGAUUCUAAUGCCAUUCAACCAAUGUAUGAAUAUUAAGAAGGAACAGCAAAAAAGGUCAAAGGGGGUAAAAUUAGGAAGAAGUAAAGUAAGGGUUAUGUAAAUGAUAUGAAAUUAAUGAUUCUUUUAGCCAGAAGGCUGUUGUGCUGCUCCAGGCUGGGAUUAGAACUGGGGAAGAAGCAGUUUCUCUCAUCUCUUGCUAAUUGAAUUUUUUCUUUUUUUUUAUAGUUUCCUCUUUUAUAUGAGGGAUAGAAGAAUUUGAUUACUUGUCUGAUUUUGAUUUAAUUCAUUCUUUUCAGCAGGCUUUGUUUAUGUCUAGGGAAAGGGGAAAGAAAUGAUUUAGCUUAUUUGGUCUGUGGGAUGUAUUGCUUUGGAUCAAUUAUUGGCAUUCUCUGAACUAUUGAAAUGUUGAUAAUAAACAGUUGAAUUCUUUCAUUCGUUGCAUGCUACAG